ACGCCGACUACUUGUCAUUUAGCGCAAAAUGGAGAAGCUACAGACAUCUCGAAUUAACCGCUCCAACAGCGAUCAUGCUGCUUUGGUAAACCGCGUUGCUGGACGGCGCACUUCUUCCGAGAAGGCCCCAAAAAUCAAAGCUGCUCAGUCAACGUCUAAUCUUUCGAAACAAACGCUUCCAAAAACAGUUAGCAAAUUCACCGUUAGAAAACCAAUUCGACCCGCCCAAAAGCAACUCUUUCCGGAGCCAGUUUUAUCCGAAUCUCUUGUCAAUAAGCAAACCCCUGGACGUAAAUUUCCAAUGGAAAAAGCACUGACCAUGAUUGAAAUGGGAUCGCCUUCCAAGCAGAGCCAACAGCAGCACGGUGCGCAGCCCACAGGGAGUUUGUCCCAGUCUACUACCGCACUGGCCGACGACGGGACAACCCGAAUGGUGAGCAACACGAGCAAACUAUUCUUCGAGACCGGAUUCAAGAUGCUGCUGAAGUGCUGGAGAGCAGCCAAGCGCAAAAACGACCGUUUGAACACGCAACUCAGCCAGAAAGACAGUACUUCAAUUAAGUACCGCAAUCAAUUGGAAACACUUCGGUCUCUUUAUCAAAAUGAGUGCAAAAACCACGAAUUCGCGCGAAACGAGAUCCGCACACUCAAGGCGAAGGUCGAUAGCCUGGAGAAAAAGCUGCUGGACGAGAAGACGGCACAUCUGGACAAGAUGUCGAAGCUGGAAGAGUCGAUCCAGAUCAAAGACAAGCUCCAGUCACAGCUGACUCACGUCGAGGAGGAACUGGCAUCAUCGAUCGUCAAAUGGCACAGCUUGGAGUACCAGUUGAAAGAGCAGGAAGAAAGUUGCGUGCAGUUGACGUCAGAGAAGAGGGAACUGCUGAAACAGAUUGAUAACCUUGAAGAUAAUUUCAAGAAUUUCGAGCUUGAUUACGAGAAGUCCCUGACCGAUCAAACAAAAAUCAACAAAGUCUAUGAAGCCCGCUUGGAACACUAUCGGAUAAAGCUGGAUGAUGCCAACAGCCAAAUCGAAACAUAUGAAACGGACUGCCAACUACUAAAGGAAUGGAAUGUUCGUCUGGCGAGUGAGCUUUCCCAAGUGAAGGGAGACUACCAGGGCACGUACACGUUUCGAGUGAGACGGUUCUUUGCCUGUCUACCGCGGAGGCCUGGAUUCUACGUGCAAUAUUUGCUGUAUCUGUUCGUUCGAGACACGCCAUUACCUCGAAGGCCGUCAAGUGAAAAACGAAAUUGUAGAGGAAUUAUCACUUCUUAUCCGUAUGCUGGUGGUCUAUAGGAACUGUGAAUCAAUUCGAGUUUUUUUUUUAAAAUAAUUAUUUGUUUUUUUUUAUCAAUUUGAAGAAUAGCAUAAUUUAUUUGUAAAAUAUAUAAA